AAAUUUCUUCGACUUCCUUCUUUUCUCUCGACGGAGACAACAAAGGCGAUGGCGUCUCUUCUCGCAAACGGUGUCUCCGGCUUCUCACCACAACCCACUUCAGAUUCCUCAAAAUCACCAAAAGGGUUCCACCCAAAACCCGAAUCUUUCAAAUUCCCAUCUCCCAAAUCCCUAAAUCCAACAAGACCACUCUUCAAAAUCAGAGCCGAUGUCGGAAUCGACUCUCGUCCCACCAUCGAAGCUACCGAAUCAUCAAGCUCAGCCGAUAAGCUUCAACAGAAGCCAAUCGUCGUCGGAGGUCUCUCUUCUCUUUUCUCCGGCGCAUCUAUCAAAUCUUCGGCUUCCUCUUGCUCUUACUCAACCGGAGUCGACGAGUUCUCUUCACUACGUGAUGAUUUGAAAUAUCUGAGCUUGAGCAGCUCCUUUUGUUAUUCCUCCCCUGCGAAAUUUAGACGAGAUCACCACCAGAGCCCUAUCUCUGUUUUUCAUGGUCCUGUUUCGUGUAGUUGUAGCCCUCUGAUGAGAACGUCUCGUGAUCGGAUUCUGUUCUCGAUGAUGAGCUUACGUUUCCUAUGGAGGAUGGUUUUGGUGUUGACAAGAGAAAGCCAUAUGCUAGGGAUUUGCUAAGACGUGCUCAAUUAAGACACGAGAUCUUCAAAGAUGAAUAUGUGAUCAAAGCUUUUUAUGAAGCAGAGAAAGCUCAUAGAGGACAGAUGAGAGCUAGUGGUGAUCCUUACCUUCAACAUUGCGUUGAGACUGCUAUGUUGUUGGCUAAUAUCGGAGCUAACUCAACUGUUGUUGUUGCUGGUCUACUUCGUGAUACCAUGGACGAUUCGUUCAUGAGCUAUGAUUAUAUUCUUAGAAACUUUGGAGCAGGAGUUGCUGAUUUGGUUGAAGGGGUUUCAAAGCUUAGUCAAUUGAGCAAACUCGCUAGAGAUAACAAUACAGCGUGUAAAACCGUUGAAGCAGAUCGAUUGCACACAAUGUUUCUUGCAAUGGCAGAUGCAAGAGCUGUUCUUAUAAAACUGGCUGAUCGAUUACACAACAUGAAGAUGCUUUACGCUUUGUCCCCAGUGAAGCAGCAGAGGUUUGCUAAAGAGUCGCUGGAAAUAUUCGCACCUUUGGCUAAUCUGGCAUCAAUGAGAUGCAAUGACAUGCUUUUAGUAAUUGGUGAGAUUGAUUUUAAAAUUUCUAUGAGUUGAAUAAAAUGUUUGUUUUUGUUUUGAUGUUUU